ACGCGAACAUUGACACAUGUGAACAUUGACACAUGUGAACAUUAUCACAUGCAAAUAUUGAUGCAUGUAGACAUUUACACAUGUAGACAUUUACACAUGCAAACAUUGACACAUGUAAACAUUGACACAUGUAAACAUUUACACAUGUAA